CUCCAUUUUUAUUAGAAUUAAUUUAUGUACAUAUUAUUACAUUAAAUACCGCUAAAUAUUACUAAAUAUUCAAAUUGAAUAUUUUUGAGUAUCUUAAUGUUCUUCUUAUUUACAAUUCUUUAAAAUAUUUUUCAUAUUCAAUGCACACAUAUUUGCAUAUAACACACAAAAAAUAGAUAACGAAAUUCAAAUUUUCUUACAUAUUGUAUAUAUUCAUUUGUAACCGAUCGCUUUUGCAGCCUUGAAAAUAAUUUCAAAAUGAAAAGGAAUGCUGUAUGGCGUAGCAGCGAACUGUUACGAACAUGAACACAGUGCGUUCCACCACGAGUACGAGCGGAACGGUCCGUUCAUCUAUUCUCGUCGUCCCCUCUCCUUCAAAUAAGUGGUGUGGCCGACAAAAGAGUCCGUGUGUAAACUGGCAUUUAGGUAACAAAUAAUUAAAGAGUAGGGUAUUGUAUGUUUUGUAAGCUCCAUUGGUACGAUUUCCUUUGAAAGCUGACGUGUUUUUUAAUAUAUUGUUAUUUGAUGUAAUUAAAACAAUGAUUUCAAUAAUAUUUGGAAUACUAUUGUCGGUUUUGGCAUUAUUUGUCAUAUCUGUACUAACUCUCCGCAAUUGGGUGUUUAGCUCCAAAAAAAAACUAAAUGGGUCCUUUGAAGGUACUGUGAACAUUGCAUUUUUUCAUCCAUACUGUAAUGCUGGAGGAGGUGGAGAGAGAGUCCUAUGGUGUGCUGUUCGGGCCUUACAGGCUAAAUAUGACAAUAUCAAAAUUGUGAUAUACACAGGAGAUAUCGACAGUUCACCAAACAGCAUUUUAAAAAAGGCACAAGGUACUUUCAACAUAAAUGUCGACGAACAAAAUACAAGUUUUGUGUACUUAAAACGUCGAAUGUUAGUCGAAGAGAAGUUGUAUCCGUAUUUUACGUUAUUGGGCCAAAGUCUUGGAUCACUUAUUUUAGGUUUAGAGGCACUUUGCAAAUUCCCCCCCGAUAUUUAUAUAGACACAACAGGAUAUUCUUUUACUUUGCCGUUGUUCCGUUAUAUUGGUGGCUGCAAAGUUGGAUGUUAUGUGCACUAUCCUACAAUAAGCGUGGAUAUGCUGCGGCGUGUUCAACAACGGGAGUAUUGCCACAAUAAUCAAGCAUAUGUUGUUAGAAAUCCAUUCAUUACAUGGCUGAAAGUUAUAUACUAUUGGGUCUUCGCUAAGCUUUACAGCUGGGUUGGCCAAUGUUCUGAUACAAUCAUGGUUAACUCUACAUGGACUGAAAAUCAUAUCCGCGAUUUAUGGGGUGUGCCAUUUAAAACUCAUCGUGUGUACCCGCCCUGCGAAGUUAAGAAUAUUCAAAAGCUGAAACACCAUGAAAAUACAGAUAAUAUUUUAAUUUUAUCUAUUGGUCAAUUCCGACCGGAAAAAGAUCAUCCAUUACAAUUGCAAGCAAUGUAUGAACUACGAACUAUUUUAUCAAGAAAUGAAGAUCUAUGGAACAAGGUAAAACUUGUCAUUGUCGGCUCAUGUCGAAAUGAAAGCGAUUAUGAACGUCUUAAGAAUAUGCAAGACUUGGCAAAGCAUCUGUCACUUGAAAACUCAGUAGAAUUCCAAGUUAACGUUAAUUUUCAAGAUCUUCUGCAAUUAUAUCAAAAAGCAGGAAUUGGAAUUCAUACAAUGUGGAAUGAACACUUUGGAAUCGGAGUUGUUGAAUGCAUGGCUGCUGGUAUGAUAAUGGUUGCUCACCGAUCAGGAGGCCCUUUAUUAGAUAUUAUCGAGACGUCUGAAGGAAGUCAAAAUGGAUAUUUAGCAGUUUCCGCUAUUGAAUACGCUAAUUGCAUUUUAAGCAUUAUAUAUAACUCGAAUGAAAUUAAUGACACCAUUAGAAAUGCAGCGAGAUCAUCAGUGGAAAGAUUUUCCGAAGAAGAGUUCGAAGUCAACUUCCUUCGUGCAGUGGUCCCAUUAUUUAACGAAUCAUGAAGUGCAUUCCUGACUUGCUAUAAAAUCAAAUAGAUGCGACGGCUAAUGGGCUUAUCUUGAACUGAUUGUUUUUACAUAAUUUUGUAAGAUAAGUGUAUUGUGAUUUAUCUCCUUAUCGGAAAAAAUUAAAUCAAAGCUAUAUUAAUUUAAA